GACAACUAAAGUACAGCGUAACCCAUCUAAUUUUAAAUGACUUUGUUUUAUGAUUAAACAUGGCUCCAUCCUAUAUGAGUCAAAGUGAACCAGAGAGAAAGACUUGGCCUAAUAAAUUGGAAUAUCAUCUCACAUUAUUCUGUCAAGCUCUCGGCCUCUGCAGUUUUUGGAGAUUUCCUUAUCUUGCAUAUGAGAAUGGGGGAGCUCCAUUCGUCUAUGCAUAUCUGUUCUUGUACAUCAUUGUUGGAAUACCACUGGUAUUUUUAGAAAUGGCUUGGGGACAAUACAGCAAUCUUGCUCCUCCACAAGGAUUUAGUAUCAUUCCUAUCAUGCAAGGCGUGGGAUGGUGUAUGAUUUUAAUGGCAAUUUUAGUUGUUUUAUAUUUUGGAGCCGCUACAUAUUAUUUACUUCUCUACCUGUUGUCAUCAUUUGCCAAUCCACUUCCUUUCAGUACUUGUGAUAAUUCGUGGAAUACUCUGAAAUGUCAAACCGAACUAGGCCCAGAUUGUGUGGCUGCUGGCACAGAAGGAUUGGAAUACAGGAUCGGUGUUGGACAUGGUAUUGCUUCACCGGAUGGAAGCUUUAACCUCGUCAGACUAUGUAAUUAUACAUCUGAUGGAACUCAAACCACACCGGCAAUUGAAUUCUGGCAAAACAAUCUAGCAUCAAACGCAGCGGUAUGUCACAACCUCUCAGAAAUCACAAACACGUUGAUAGGUUCGUCUCAGGUUAUACUUCUACCAUCUGUUGGAAUUGGUUGCUGUGUGCUACUUCGGAUGAUCAUUGGAUUUAUUUCUCUGUUUUCAGAUGUCAGAUUUACAGGAAAGGUUUCCUAUGUUUUGUGUUCGGUUCCAUUUGCGGUAUCUGUUAUGCUACUUGUCAGAUGUUUAACACUAGAGAAAGCAUCCACAGGAUUGCAAUAUCUAUUCGUACCAAGUAAUAUAACAAGCUUUCAAGAACCAAAGGUCUGGAAAGAUGCCCUAAGUCAAGUCUUAAUGUCUCUAAUGGUAACAUGGGGAGGAUUGAGUACAUGGGCUUCUUAUAAUCGAUUUUAUAACAAGUAUGAAAUUGACGCUUCGAUUCUUGUUGUGACCGUCCCUCUUAUGUCAUUGGUAUCUGCUAUUUCAGUCUUCGGGGUCAUAGGUCAUUUGUCGUACGUUCGAGAUGUCCUACCAGAAAAUGCACUCAACGGUAUCAAAGGACCCCUAUCGCCAUUUGUUGCAUACUCCGAAGCACUUUCACAAAUGUGGGGCGACCCCAUGCCUUGGAGUAUCAUCGUGUUUUCAACCUUGUUUUUACUUUCUACAGCAGCUAUUCUUCCGGCUACUGAGUGCUUGAUAUCAUCUGUAUCUGAUUCCCUUAGUUCAUGUCGAGCCAUCGGACUUAGAAUUGUAUCAGUUCUGCUCAUACUAUUGUUUAUGUUGACGGUUUAUUUCGGAGUACCAUGUGUUGUUGAAGACAGCGCUCUUCAGUUUUUUGAAUUCUUCGACACAUUGACAAUGCCUGUUUGUUGCAUAUUGAUUGCUUUACCAGAACUGUUGAUGAUAACCCAUGCUUUUGGUGUGACGCUAUUACGGACAAAUAUCAAAGCAAUGACGAACAACAAUUGUUUGAAAGGACUAAUUUGGCCAAUAUUGUGGGGUGGUGUAACACCGGUUAUACUUGCGAUAUGUCUCAUCUAUAUCAUCUUGGGUGCAGUUCAGAACGGUUUAUCAUCUUUGGCCCCGACGUUACCAGAUGGUGCAACUAGAAUGGAUUCUUUGUCUGGUUGGACACCAAUAGCAUCAUUCGUAUUCAUCGGAAUUAUUUUUUUCAUCAUCAUUUUUACAAUUAUAUUCAAGAUUGCAAGAGCGAGAGGGGGCUGUCUAGAGAAACUAAGAGAAUCAUCGACACCAGCUGCGUUAGGAAGGUCAAGCGUCCACACUAAUGGCAGCGGAAGGGGUGGCCGAUCAAAUGGCGACUUAUACAUGGCAGAUUACAUUGGUCAUCAGGACACAAAUGAAAUUUUAGUGGACGAUGACAUAGUGACCACAGUAUGAAAAGGGAAUAGGCUAACGUGUAGUAUUCUCAUUGAUCGAUUAUGAGCCACUAUUCCAAGUGACCAAUGCCUGUUUAUACAGUUAGAGCUAUUCUUCCCAGCUAAGCUUGCAUAAUGCAUAAAAUACUAGAUACACACAACUGCAUAUAAUCAUCUGUAUGGAAUAAUAAUGGAUUUACCUAGAGAUUAUUGUACACAAAGCGAGCAUUUCACAAAUUUUUCGAUACUGUAUGUUUUUGAUAGUAAAAUUUGAAAUGAGUGUAAUUUAUACAUUUUUCACUGGUAAUAUUUUAUCACUGAUUAUCGGAACUUACUCAGAAAUGAGGGAACCUGAAGUGAGAGGAAUCUAGCUCAGAAGUGGAGAAAACUCACUCAGGAGUGAGAAAAAUAUGCUUUGAAACGUGGCAAACUUGCUCUAAAGUGAGGUAACUUACUCAGAGUUUACUAAUAUCGAUACCGAAUCCUAUCUUAGUGCUAUCAUACAUGGCCAACUGAAAAUCAAGAAAACGGUAUCAUUCUGAAAAAGUCGCCUCAUUUUUUCCGCUAUUGUGACAGUGAUUCCUCGGCGUUACAAAAUGGUACUAAACGAUCUUCCAAAGUUUUCUUUAAAACAACAUUCUGUAUUAAAUUGCUUUUUAUAUUAGCCUACUUUUUAUUCUUUUUAAAUUUUACUGACUUUAUUUUACUUUUGUAUUUUAUGAUUUUUAUAGAGUGGACAUUUUUAUUUCUUAAAUAAAUGUUACUGUUAAAAUAAUGGCGUUCCCGUAGUAUGUGCACCAAGAUUACUAUGUUCAGGUUGUGCGCCAUCUUGGUGUACAUACUAUGGGAGCACCAAAAUAAUACCUGCUUUUUUAAGUAAAACACUGAUUCUGAUCAAAUGAAAAUUUUUUGAAUAUUCUAGCAAGAAAAUCAAAAAAAGUUUCACAUAAUCAAUAUUUCAUAGUCAUCUGUAAAUAUAACAGUUUAAAUUCGAUUCAUGCAGCUGAAUAA